UUCGCUUCGCUUUUGGCUGAUCGCGGGUGUGCGGUGCUAAAAUUUACAGUUAUUUUCCGGGAAAUCCGAGUCAAACGGCUGUGAUUAUGAUGUUUGCGUGUUGAUGUGGUGCUCUUAAUGUUUUAUGAAGGCUGAAAGAGAGCAGUAGUCAAUCGCAGCCGCCCGCCACCGAGCCGUGAUCAGUCGCGAGUUUGCAUUUAAGUUUGGCAGACGUAUCUUUCUGCUUCCCCAGUUAGCGGCGGAGAUCAUCUAUCGGUACGCGUUUCAGUAAUAGCGCGCCCUCCAUCAUUUGUUCACCAAAGUGGGUGAGCUGCAGAAUCAAAAAACCGGAAACGGAUUAAGUGUGAAGUGUGCUGCUCUCAGUGAUAGUUUCAUUCAGCGAGUUACAUACAUAAUACCAGUAUAGCAAAAGUUCAUAAAGUGCGUCUUCCUGGAAGAAGAAAUUAAGUUUCCACUAUUUUGCUACAUGUAGCAACGUAUUCCGAGCCGGCUAGAACAAGUUGUGUAUAUUUUUAUCACAAGUCGUCAACCCGGCGGUGGCGGUCGUGCGUAGAAACAGGUCUCACCCAUUCAAAACUCGACCAUAAUCGUACGCUAGCGUGCACACAGAAAUGGUUAUUUCGAAGAUAUGCUGCAUCGGCGCUGGCUACGUGGGAGGUCCCACGUGCAGUGUGAUGGCACUGAAGUGUCCCGACAUUAAGAUCACCGUUGUGGAUCGCAGUGCCGAACGGAUUGCACAGUGGAAUUCCGAAAAGCUGCCAAUAUACGAGCCUGGUCUCGAUGAGGUCGUCAAGGAGUGCCGAAAUCGUAACCUUUUCUUCUCCACCGACAUCGAAUCGGCCAUCCAGGAAGCAGAACUCAUUUUCAUCUCAGUGAACACGCCCACCAAAACGUACGGCAAUGGAAAGGGUCGUGCGGCCGAUCUCAAGUUCGUCGAAGGAUGCGCUCGUAUGAUCGCCGAACUGUCCCAGAAUAGUAAAAUUGUCGUCGAAAAAAGCACGGUACCGGUUCGGGCUGCGGAAAGUAUUAUGCACAUACUGAAAGCCAACCAUAAGCCAGGUGUUAAAUAUGAUAUUUUAUCGAAUCCUGAAUUCCUAGCCGAAGGCACUGCCAUCGAGGAUUUGAUGAAACCCGAUAGAGUACUGAUUGGAGGGGAGGAAACUCCGGAGGGCAAGACCGCUAUCGAGAAGCUGUGUUGGGUUUAUGAACACUGGAUCCCGAAGAAAAACAUUCUGACCACUAACACGUGGAGCUCGGAGUUGUCCAAACUAGCUGCCAAUGCCUUCCUUGCUCAGAGGAUAUCCUCCAUAAAUUCACUGUCAGCCGUUUGUGAAGCAACGGGAGCAGAUGUUUCGGAAGUUGCUCGAGCGGUCGGUUUGGAUUCGCGAAUUGGGCCCAAAUUUCUGCAGGCAUCCGUCGGAUUCGGUGGAAGCUGUUUCCAGAAGGACAUUCUCAAUCUAGUGUAUAUAUGUGAGGGCUUGAAUCUUCCGGAAGUAGCUGCUUAUUGGCAGCAAGUGAUCGAUAUGAACGAGUACCAGAAAAACCGAUUUUCGCAGAAAAUUAUCGAAUGUCUGUUCAACACGGUUACCGAUAAGCGGAUUUCGAUUUUGGGAUUCGCGUUCAAGAAAAACACCGGGGACACUCGGGAAACUCCUGCCAUUACGGUGUGUAAAACACUGCUCGAUGAAGGUGCCCAGCUGAAUAUCUACGACCCGAAAGUAGAACCGGAACAGAUCAUUGCUGAUCUGACGCACCCCAAAGUUACUGAGAGCCCCGAGCAUGUGAAAAAGGUAGUUCAAAUCUUCUCAGAUCCGUAUGAUGCCGUUCGUGGUACGCAUGCUAUCGUAGUGUGCACCGAAUGGGACGAGUUCAUUAAAUACGUUUACUUCCAGAAUCUCAACUACGAGCGAAUUUACCAGUCGAUGAUGAAGCCGGCCUACAUCUUCGAUGGGCGUAAAAUUCUCUCGCAUGAAAAACUCCAGCAGAUUGGCUUCCAUGUGCAGACUAUCGGCAAGAAGCUGAACCGCAACAUUCUCACCCGGUCGUGGGGCAGCAUUCCACAGCUGUAGGGAUACAAGGAGGAUGCACUCAUCUGCAUCCAUUUAUUAAGGGACUAAGGUAACCACUACGAACAAAUACAUCUCAUCAUCAGCAUUACCUUUUAUGAGAAGAGGUUCUCCUGUUAAGAUAAACUCAAGGUAUUAAGAAACAGUGAACAGGAAUACUUGACUACUUGAAAGACCCAGCUAGAGCGUAAGGAUGUUUGUGCGAACAAAGUAUUAUGAUAUCCUGAUCACAUAACAAUUUUCAGUUUUGAAUGUCUCGCACCUCUGGUAAUGACCAUAUUCGUAUAAAACGAUUUGGCCCGAUUUAUACCAUUCAAAUGUUAUUUUAGUACAACAGCAUAAACUAUCACAUGUGCUGUUCUAAGAUAUAAAAACUAGUUUCCUUCAUAGUCCAAGCUCCAGGUGCACAAUUUAUGCUAAGAACAAAGCUGCAAUAUCAGAAAGCACGUUACGUGUUAGCCUUUAAUUUUUUGUACUGAAGUCAGAAUAUUUUUUCCUAUUCAUACCUAAGGUAAGGUAUUUCCCAGAAAUAGUUGGCGUUUUUUUCAAAAUUUCUUCUGUUUUUGCGCACUGAAAAUACAAAAGAUUAUUCCGA